AUGGAGGGAAUUCAACUGAGAGAUGAGGCGGUACGAGAUCGGGUACGCCUGGCGAUGGAAUUCCUGGAUCCUGGUGAGAAGAGAUUUGUCUUUGGUGAAUUUGCCUGUAAUCCUAGGACGCUCAGCUCAGCCCAAUUGAAUCGUAUGGUGUCACUGGAAGGUAUCGUCACGAAAUGUUCGCUGGUACGGCCGAAAGUUGUCAAGAGCGUGCACUAUAACGAAAGGAAGAACAUGUUUCAUUUCAGGGAGUACAGGGACCAGACCAUGACCAACGGUGCCGCAAGUACUAGUGUAUAUCCUCAGGAAGAUGAGGAUGGCAAUCCCACUGUCUCGAUACAGGAAAUGCCAGAACACGCCCCUGCUGGCCAGCUUCCUCGAAGCGUAGACGUAAUAUUAGACGACGAUCUAGUCGAUUCUUGCAAGCCAGGCGAUCGAAUACAACUUGUUGGAGUGUAUAGAUCUCUAGGAAACCGAAACGCAGGCCAAGGCAGUGCCACAUUUCGAACCCUACUCCUCGCUAACAACAUAAUACUUCUAUCUUCAAAAUCUGGCGGUGGUAUUGCCCAAUCUACGAUUACAGACAUCGACAUCAGAAACAUCAACAAGGUUGCAAAGAAGAAGCAUGUGUUUGAUCUGCUUUCGCAAUCGCUGGCACCUAGUAUUUAUGGCCACGACCAUAUCAAGAAAGCUAUCCUUCUCAUGUUGCUCGGAGGAAUGGAGAAGAAUCUAGACAACGGGACCCAUCUUCGUGGAGACAUCAAUAUCCUCAUGGUUGGUGAUCCCUCCACGGCAAAGUCACAACUUCUUCGCUUCGUCCACAAUAUCGCUCCUCUCGCGAUUGCUACAACCGGAAGGGGUUCCUCGGGCGUGGGUCUCACAGCGGCGGUAACCUCGGACAAAGAGACUGGUGAGCGUCGACUAGAAGCGGGCGCUAUGGUUCUAGGUGACCGUGGCGUCGUCUGCAUAGACGAGUUCGACAAAAUGAGUGAUGUUGAUCGAGUGGCCAUUCACGAGGUCAUGGAACAACAAACUGUCACAAUUGCCAAAGCCGGUAUCCACACUUCCCUCAAUGCGCGGUGUAGCGUUAUAGCUGCAGCAAACCCUAUUUACGGUCAAUAUGACCCGCACAAAGACCCUCACCGUAAUAUUGCGCUCCCAGACUCUCUCCUUUCUCGUUUUGAUCUGCUCUUUGUUGUCACGGACGAUAUCGACGACUUCAGAGACAGGCAGAUAUCUGAGCACGUGCUUCGUAUGCACAAGUAUCGCGAAGCUGGUACCGAAGAGGGCGCGCCUGUUCGCGAACAAAACCAGCAAAGUCUAGGUGUUGGCUUGGAGCAGGAGCACUCAGCGAACCAAUCAACCCCUGUGUAUGAGAAGUUCAACGUCAUGCUGCACGCUGGGGUUACGGUCACCAUCGGUCGAGGACCAGCCCGCAAAGUUGAAGUCCUGAGCGUUCCUUUCAUGAAGAAAUACAUUCAGUAUGCCAAAUUGCAGAGGAAACCAGUGUUGACCAAAGGAGCCGCAGACCUGAUCGUAAAGACAUACUCUAAUCUACGCAACGAUGAACUUGAAGGCAACCAGCGGAAAACAUCCCCGAUGACAGCACGUACCCUCGAAACGCUGAUUCGUCUCGCAACGGCACAUGCAAAGGCUCGUCUCUCCCAUCGAGUAGAGGAGAAAGACGCUGAUGCCGCUGAAUCCAUCCUUCGCUUCGCUCUAUUCAAAGAGGUAAUUGAAGAUGAGCGACGCAAACGGAGAAAGACAAGACGGGCUGACGAUGACGACGGCACGUCCUCCAACAGCUCAUCUUCCGACGAAGAUGAUGAUGACGCAGACCGGGUAGAGGAAUUACCUAACAGUACCAAUCAGCGAAGAAGUGAGCGCGCAUCUGGAGGCACAACCCGUACCCGCGGCACGAACGGCCACGCAACCAGUAAUGGCAAUGUUGAAACAAGUAGCGAUGAAGACUCAGAUACCUACCAGCCAACAGCCCAGGGAAACCAGAGAAAUAGCAGCCGCGCUCAGCGGCCGGCGCAGUCGCAGUCCCAGAUGUCUGUGGCAUCUUCAGCGCCAGCGUCACAGCUACUUACAUCCCAAGGCGAUGAUUCCCAGGAAACCGAAAGUAACGGUGUCAAUGGACACCAAGAGCCCAUUAGCACCGAUAGAUUGAGAGUGUUCCGUACUGCACUCGGUCAGCUUGUCAGUACUAGUGUGUUCCAAAAUGAGAGCGCGGAGGUAGAACCGCUUGUGGAGGCUGUAAACGAUCGGUUGGGACGGACGAGGGAUCCAGCAUUUGGGAUUACGGAGGCGGUUGAAGCAUUGAAAGGGAUGGGAGAAAGGAAUGAGAUCAUGUAA